AUGGCUGCGUUCUCCAAGAAUGAGGCCCAUUUCGUUCACCUCGAAGGGUGGUUCCAGAACGAUAAGCACCUAUACAUCGCUAUGAAAUAUUUCCAGCUAAACAGCUAUUUGCUUCAUGCAUGCGAGAGGAUUCACUCACCGCGACCUAAAGCCAGCGACCUGGGAAUUUCCAAGCGAGUGCCAGGAGAUUCAGCAGCUCUCUACAUUAGUUUUGAUGGUAGUUUCAUGGCCCGACCCGAUUCAGAUGCAGGCCAGUACACCAAAGCAGUGGAUAUAGACCAAAUCGACGAGGAGUUUACACCAACCCGCAACCAUACUUUUUCGAAAGUUUCGGAUCCUACGGGGCAACAGGAUGGAAAAGUCGAUGAGGACCUUAUGGAGCAGCUUGAAUUCAUUGCUCGCGUCGAACCCGAAACUGCUCAAGUUUCCCGGACUCGGGCCGCCCAAAACCAAACCGGGCGAAAUAAUAGUGCAAAUAUAUCACGCUCCGGCAGGAAAUAUCCUUCUACUCACCUCCGAAGUCCUAGUAGUAUCAGAGGCCAGGCGGACAGUGUCAGUGACGAAGAGUUCGAUGUCAUUCCGUACACUCAAGAAAUAUUCUCAGGGCAUCUAGAGGAUGUGCCGCUACUUGAUGAUAACUCUCGAAUACCGGACUUGACGAAGGAGGAGCCACAGCUGCAAGGCUCGGAACACUCGAAAACGGAUCACGGAUCUGUUCAAACCAACAAUGCAGGAUCCAACAAGCUAUUCCGUUACCCGCCGUUGGAUAGGCAGCCACAUUCUCCAGAUCACAGUCCAGAGACCCAUUUUAGAUAUCCUUUCAAGGAUAUCCGGCAAGAUCGAGGAGCAAGUUUUGCUGCGCGUAGAUCCAAUGAAGGCCCUAGAGACAACGUCUUCCAGCGCAAUAAAGUCCGGGGUACAAAUCCGCGAUCAAAGCAGAGUGGUCAAUUCCGUGCUAGCGAAGAGCGGAGGCCCACUCUGGAGCAUUCCACGGUAAAAAUUAUCCAGGAGAACGAACAUAUAGCCAUCACGGGGGUCCCGAUGGGAAAUUUCGAUAUUCCCCGAAGUUUAUCGAUUAUAGUGACGACCGGCAUAUGGAAUUUUCGCAAAUACUACAGAGAGAAAAUGUCCCUGUUGCGGGGCCGGUAUCAACCCUAUCUCGCCUCAGGCAACCGAACGAUGGUUAUGCCCUCACAAUCGACGGCACUGGACGAAGAGAGGCCGUGCGGGACACUCGCGGGGUUUGGUGAUGAUAGCCGGCGAUACAAUUCUUUGCUUCAAGGCAAUAAAGUGGACUCUAGCAACGUUAACACGGGAGGUGGUAUUCAUUCUGGGGCCGAAUGUCGAAACCCCCAGCGACAGUUCACCCUGAAAUCGAGCCCGGCAUGA